UGAAGAAAAACAGCGAGCUGGGACGGAAGAAACGGGAGAGAGGAAACCAGAGAGGAGACCUCGAGAGCGAGAGUUGAGGCAUGGCUACAUGGAUUCUCGCUGUCUUUCUCCUGGUCGGUGUGUGUUUCCUGCUGUUUAGAGUGUGUGGUUCGAGGACGAGGCGAGUGAAUGAACCUCCACUGGUUAAAGGUUGGCCUUUUUUAGGAGUGAUCCUAGACUAUGGUAAAAACCCCCUAGGCUUUCUGCAAGCAGCUCAACGAAAGUAUGGAGACAUCUUUACAUGCCAGCUUGCGUGGAAGCAUUUUACCUUCAUCACCGAUCCAUUCUCCUUUCCCGUGGUGAUGCGUCAAGGGAAAAACCUUGACUUUCACAAAUUCGCCAUGAAUUUCUCUCAGCAGGUGUUUGGUCAUGCUGAUUUUACAUCUCCUCUGUUGAGCGAAAGCUACCGAGAAGUGCACUUGCUCUUCAGACACACGUUACAAGGUCAACCUCUUCACCACCUAAGCCAAAACAUGCUAGGCAAUCUGCAUACUGUGUUCCAGAACUGCUUACCACCUGGGGAUAACUGGAAAGAGGAGGGAUUACAGAGCUUGACUACACGCAUCAUGUUUGAGGCUGGUUUCCUCACACUUUUUGGUAAGAAGGCAGAUCUUCUUCAGGCAGAAGGAGUGGAAGCUGUUGGUACAUGCUUGCAGAAGGUGAAGAAGGAUUUCUUGGCGUUUGACGGGGCUUUUCCUGCAAUGGCGGCUGGCGUGCCUAUCGCUCUGUGUAGGCGUGCAUGGAGGGCGAGAGAAGCAUUAGCUAAGAAACUGCUGCACAGCGAGCUUCAUCACAGGAUGUGCAUUUCGGAUCUGAUCCAGCGCAGGAUGGACGCCUUCGAUCACAUGCACCUGGACGAGACGGGGAAAGCACGCACACACGUCUGUAUGCUCUGGGCUUCACAGGCCAACACGCUCCCUGCUGCUUUUUGGAGUAUCUAUUAUACACUGAGAAAUCCAGAAGCUUUUGCUGCAGCACGUAGAGAGGCAGACUUGAUCCUGGCACAGUUCCAAAACGACAAACCAACCAACCUGUCCAAAGAGCAGCUGGAAUCCAUGACUGUGCUCGAGAGCAUUAUCAAUGAAGCUCUACGUCUAUCAAGUGCUUCCAUUAUGAUCCGAGUUGCAAGCGAUGACUUCAUUCUGACACUGGACUCAGGUCAAGAGGCAGCUAUUAGGAAAGGAGAUUACAUCGCUCUCUACCCUCGACUGAUACACCUAGACCCGGACAUCUACCCAAACCCACUGGAGUUUAAAUAUGACCGGUUCUUGGAUGAGGAAGGUCAAAGGCAGAGUCAGUUCUUUAAAAAUGGCAGACAACUGAAGCAUUACCUUGUCCCAUUUGGUUCUGGUGCCAGUAAGUGUCCGGGUCGUUUCUUCGCCAUGAACGAAUUAAAGCAAUUUCUCAUGCUGGCACUCUGGCACUAUGACUUAGAAAUCAUUGAGCCUCAUGAUACGCUAUCGCCAGACCGUACCCGUGCUGGACUGGGCAUCCUGCCACCUGUGCAAGAUGUAUUAAUAAGGUAUAGGGCAAGAGCAAACAGGAACUCAGAGAGAUCCCAGAAGAGAGGUGCUAAUGAUGACUGCUAAACAAAAAAUGUAAGGGAAACUCAAAAGAGCAUUCGUUCAGAUUUUGGCCUCUUUAUUAGGUAUAUCUACCCACUGAAAAGUAUUGUAAGCUGCUAGGACUAUUACUUUAGCUCUGUACUUAAGCACGAAGGAUUUGAAAUGAAACAGUAGCUCCAUGUUUAAUGUGAAAAAUAUGAUGUGUACUUUUAAGUUAUUUUCCUCUAUAUUGGAAAAAAAAACACAUAAGAAAUACAUUUUAUGUAUAUAGACAAAGUAACUACAUUUUAAAGUCGAAUACUGUCGUACUCUCGGGUUGUUAACACAUUACUGUAUCUGCUUGCAAACUACUGUCUCUAAUAUGCUUAGGGGCUUGUUGACAUUCCUUUUACAUUCCUACAGGUUAAUCAUUUUCUCUUCAGGUACAGAUCAUGAACUGUAGUAGCAAAUUAUGAUGUUUAUUAGGAACAGAUAGAGUAGGUGUACUUAAUAAAUAGUUUACUGAGUGUAAUUUGAAUUGCAGCUUGUUUGAUAUUGUAUAAAUGUGUAGUUGGGUGUUUGUCAGCUUUCAUACUGUAUGAAAUUUUAUUUUUACUGUAUUUUAUUUAGAAAUGCCUUUUAUUGAUUUACUGCUUUACAUAUCAGUUUUCAAAGUAAAUGUGCACAAUAAAGUGUCUGUAAAGGACAAGUUGCAUUGAAACACUAUAUAUUUGUCUGUUGGUUAAAUGUAAAAAAGAUUUUUAUUGUUGUAAACCAGAGUCCAUACUUUAACAAUUUGAGGUGCCGUAGUACUACUUCUACUACCUUUUUUUAAAUUCAAAUGUUUUUUUUUUUUCUUAUUUUUUAUUGUAUUUUAAAUGUGUAU